GAAUCACAAGCGCACCAUCUAAAACGGUGAAAAUGGCGCAGAGAGUAGAGUGCGCUCUUACGCCAUGAGUUACGGUUACGUUUCCGUUAACGCUGCACGGACACAAAAUUACCGCCACGAGCACCACCGGCUUACUCAGUCAAGAUGGCGACGGAGGGUCAGUUCGAGUAUGAGUCGGUGCUGUGUGUCAAACCUGAAGUCAGCGUUUACCGAAUUCCACCGAGGACAUCUAACCGGGCCAUCAGGGCUGCUGAUUGGAAGCUGGACGCUCCUGAUUGGACAGGGCGCAUGCGCGUGACAGCUCGGGGUAAAGUGGCCUAUGUGAAACUGGAGGACAAAAUUUCUGGGGAGCUGUUUGCCCAAGCGCCCGUGGAGGAGUACCCUGGCAUUGCAGUAGAAACAGUCAGUGACUCAAGUCGUUACUUUGUGCUUCGAAUCCAAGAUGACAACAGCCGUAGUGCAUUCAUUGGCAUUGGGUUUGGAGAUCGAGGAGACGCAUUUGACUUCAACGUUGCUCUUCAAGACCAUUUUAAAUGGGUAAAGCAAGAAAAUGAACUGACGAAACAGGCACAGGCUCCAGACUCCAUUCCUAAACUGGACCUGAGCUUCAAAGAGGGCCAAACGAUAACUUUAAAUAUCGGGCAAUCAAAGAAAAGGGACCGGUCUCGUCCACAAAGUUCAGGAGGUUUGGGCCUCCUUCCUCCUCCACCUGGUGGAAAACUGGCCCCGCCCCCUUCGUCCAGAUCUACCAAUCACAACACACAGCCAUCAGUGGGAGGAAGUGACACAGGUACUUUAUUAGACCUGGACUCCAGCAACUCCAACUCAGCGGCUCCGUUCAACCCCACCUCCACGGCCGGCUCCGACCUGUGGGGGGACUUUGACUCCGUGUCCCAGCAGUAAAAAAAAAAAAAAAAAAGACAUUUAUUCUGUUUUACUUCCUGUUUCCUCGCUGUAAAACCAUGCAGCACUUGUUGGGAAUUACUUUUCCCCAUUCUGGGGUCCCGCGUUUCUCCCUGCCGAGCAGGGUAACCCUCUGUCGUUUUAUGUUGCUCUGAAUUCCUCGCUGCAGAGUCUUGAACAGUAGAACGGGUAGAAGCUCGACUCAUCUCAGUAGAUCUCGGAUCUUUUUUCUUUGUUCUUUUCCCUCUUCCUCCUACCUGCAGCAGUGUAUUAGCUACUUGCUAUUGCUAGUCUACAUAUAGAUAUAUCAGAAGAUGCAUAAUCGUGUCCGUUACAUCUAAUUAAAUAUAUAAUAAAAUAGAUUUGUAUGUACAGAGAAGAUUUAUUUUAAAUGAGUGUAUAUAUGGGGUCAGUAGUUUCGUCGGUGAUGUGCCGUAGCUCGUUCUUCUUCGUGUCUCCAGCUGUGGGACUGACUUUAUGCACUGACCGCGUCUUUGUUAGUAAUUCAUAAAUUUCAGCGCUUAGGUUGUCUUGUGUUCAUUUGGGGUUAAUGUGAAGUUCACCACAAAAGGGGUUUGCUUACGAGUCCCAUCAGGCCGCAGCUCCUCGGCUCUUGUGGCCGCGCAGCUGCUCAACACAAACUCCGGUGGGGAUUGGGAGCGGGAGUCGAGCCUUCUGUAAAUCAAGACACGUUGACGUUGAAGCAUGGGAUGAGAGAGGGUGUUGGGAAACGAAGAAAUACUUUUAUCUUCACCUCAAGGGAAAGAGGAGAUUAUUUAUUCCAUGUUAUGUCAUUUCCACUCAGCACAGCUGUUUAAGCUGUGCCCGGUGAGUCACGGGGGUCGCGACCGCCGUUUCCUCUAAGAACAGCUCCGUCUCUGUUCGGUGAGUCUGAGGAAGACCUCGACUGCUUCAUGUAUUUAACAGGUGAUCAGGUAAUGCAUCUCAGCCAGAUUAACUGUGAACUUCAGUACAUUUAUUAUUUUGGUACGCAGGAAAAAGCAACCGAACCAAGCUAAUGUGUGUUUCCCGGACUGUUCUGUUGUGAUAUUAUGUAGUAAAUUAUGGAUUAAGUUUCACUUCUAUCACAUGCACGUGUGUUGGUGUGUGGUGAUGGAUGUUGCUUGGAGCACAAAAAAAAGUACGAGUGUUUGUUUAUUGUCUAAAUAUAUGCACUUGUCUCAGAUGUUACUAGUCGUUCAAACUGUAAACGUGUGGAAAUAAAUAUGCAAAGAAGAAAAUACAGAAAACACUCAUGACACAAGCAGCCAUGUUUGCUUUGGGGAGAGUAGAGUGGGGAAAAUAAACGUAGAAAUGCUCAGAA